CCUUCUUUUUAAGGGCGAACGCAGAUGCAUGCGUUCCAUCGACAAGCUCGAUUUCCACUUGCGAUGUACUCGUCAUCCACGAGCUCGACCUGUGCGUCCCUCGGCGUCGGUGAUCCGACGGGCCUGAGCGACGAUUUGUUGAUGGACAUCCUGGUACGGCUGCCCUUGAGGUCUUUGAUCCGAUGCAACAGCGUCUGCAGAUCCUGGCGUCGACUGAUCUCUGACGGUGGCGGCUACCUCCAGACACGGCUCCCCUUGAUCGCGUCCGCUAUCUUCUACCGCUGCGGUGUCGCCGAGAUCGACGACAAACCGAGCCUCGGCUCCACGCUUCACGUCGCGAACCCGACGACAAGAAGGUGGAUCGAGCUCCCGAAGCCCCGCAGGAGGAGCCAACUCUCAAUACUGGCCUUCGACCCGUGCCACUCUGCGGAGUACAGGGUCGUCUCCUUCACCGGCUGGCUAGCGCAGGGGGCGAAGAUAGAGGUAUUCGCGUCGCAUAGGAGGAGUUGGGUCGAGCACCAGGUGCAAUGGGGACUCCCCUCCGACGCCAUGUCCACCACCAUUCGCUACUUCGACGGCGUCCUCUACAUCCUCGCCUAUCCAGAUCAAGUCGUCGGGAUCGACCUCACCACCAUGGCCUGCCGCAAGAUCGAGUUGCCGGAGGCCACGAAGCAGGAAGGGCGCGUCGGCAGAUCCAGCGGCCGUCUUUGCUACUCCCACAGGGCUGGCGAUCAGCUAAAGAUUUGGGUGCUUGGAGAUCCCAAUGGGGGUGAUCACUGGCUGCUGAGACAUGUCAUCGGCACUCAAAAGCUGGUGCAACGGUGUCCUGAAACGAGCCGUUCCUCUAUCUUCUCUUCACUGCCAAUCAACCAGUUCAAGUUCCUGGGAUUCCAUCCACAGAGAGAGAUGAUCUACUUGUGGCUGCCGGGGAAGAUUGUAAGCUAUGAUCUAGGCAAGCGUUUGAUGGAGGAGGCUUAUGAGUUUGGGAAGGAGACGGAGGGAGCGUUCGUCGUCCAGCUUUGUCUGUACCCCUUCUCGAGCCACGUGUCGGACUGCGUAGCUGAUGUGAGGGUGUAGCAAGCAUCAGAGGGUGGUCGGUGGUGAAGACGUGAUUGGAACUUUCAUGAUUCGAAUAAAUGAUUUUUAUGUUA